GUACUUAAUCAAUUACCAAUAACACCAACAUCUAUUAUUAUACAGUUAUUAUACUGUAUUGCAGUAGUAUGUACAUUCCCUAUAACACUAUAUCCUACAUUCACCAUAAUGGAGAUACAUAUAUUUAAGGGUAUUAAACCAAGUACUAAGAGGACAUGGCUAAAGAAUGCUUUAAGGGCUU